GUGUGUGUGUGUGUGUGUGUGUGUGUGUGUGUGUGUGUGUGUGUGUGUGUGUGUGUGUGUUACGUCAGUCACGUCUUCCGCUCUUGUUUAUAACCAGAUACGUUUUCCUCCCUUCAUCCUCUGUCAUCGACAUCAGGACAGUGUGUGACGCUGGAAGGGAUCGACAUCCACCUAGUUUCAUUUUGUCAUGAGGUCACAGCCAGAUGUGGGCUCUGUCCCUGAACAGUUUGAGCGGUAGAAGAGGGAGGGAGGGAAGCGUAUCCAAACUACAGUAUGAACUGGAUCCCAAAUCCCCGUUGUUCUUCACUUCUCUACACGACAAACAACUGUAGCUCCACGUUCCCCUCGGUUGCUUUGAGUCCCAUCUCCCUGUGACUGACAGCUUGCCUCUCUGUCUGUAGCCGUUUAAAUCUUGUCUAAAUCACGUAGUUCAUGCGAUUACGAACUGCGUGGCGUUUUAAAGGAGCACUUCAGCAAUUUCAAGGUUUCUUUUUUUUGUUGGGUAGAAAUUCAGCAGCCAAAAUACUAUUAUGCAUUUUCAGCCUUUUGUGUUUUUAUUGGAAAUCUUGACAUUGACAGACUUUGUCAGUGUUAAAAAGUAAAUUUCUCUUAACCAACUUUAUCGCACAUUCUUAAAACUCAGGAGCAAGUAGCUCCGCUGCAAAUAACCAAUUUUAACUAAUUUUGCAUUUCACACAACUGAACUUUAACUUAACCUGGUGCUUAAAUCUUCAGUUUAUUCAGACUCCACUGUUUUAUGGACAGAUUGAUGAAGUGCUCCUUUAGUGUCCAAAACCUUUUUCCAAUUGUUUGAUUCAAAUUUAGUUGUUUUUAUAACACAACUCAGUCUGAUCAGUUUAUUCAUCAGCAGACGUGAUGACAGGUAAACAAAGGGUUUUCCACUAAACUGAUAAAAGCCCCAGUAGAAAACAAAACAUCAGAGAAAACACCUGAAAUACAUUAAAUACUGAAAUUGUUGGUUUGUAAGUUAAUUGGCUUUUUAUUAAAAUCCAUAUUUUAACAUUUCAAGUGUUUAUCAACUUAAGACUGUCUUAAGUUAAGGGAAAUAUUUGACUAAGCGUGUUUUGGGAGAUUAAAGCGGGCUGUGUGUUUGACGCAUUGCGUGAGGACACAGUUGAACCAGCUGCUUUGUGUAACAGCGUUGUGACUCACGGGAUUCGAGCAGCUCCUUGGAUGGGCGCGCAGUAAAGGCUUCGUGGAGCCGCGUACCUGACGGAACGACCCAGGACGCGUCGGCGCGCUUGGAUGCGCGUGCCCCUCUGUGCACCCAAAGGAGCCCCUGAAAGCUCUGAUAAGCUUCUAUUGGCACAGGGAAGUUUUUGGCUCAGUUAAAUCUGUUCAGCUGACCGGCGCGGGGACCCAGCUCGGCAUAAUCCAUUAUUAUGUGAUUUAUAAUUGGGUUGGCAUUUUGGAGAUGCUCAGAUCCAGAGCUGACCUGUGCUUUUGCGCUACGCCUGUUCAUGUAACACAAUGCAUUGUGUCUUUGUAAAUAUGACAACUGCAGAAGUCUAAUUGUAAAUAAAGGGAGUUUUAACACAGGAGUCAGAUCCAUCAUGGAGCCGUUUGGACGCUCUGAUCGGUCUCUGUCGACGGGCAGGCGCGUCUGUUACGCGGCGGGACACUUUCUCAACGACCUGUGCGCCUCGAUGUGGUUCACGUAUCUGCUGGUCUACCUGCAGUCCGUGCUCGGCGUGCGGAGCACCGACGCAGGUGUGCUGCUGCUAAUUGGCCAAAUAGCCGACGGAGUCUGCACACCUCUGAUUGGGUACAAGUCCGACGGGACGUCGGGCGCGCGGCGGCACGGCAAGAGGAAGACCUGGCAUCUGCUCGGCACAGUCUGCGUGCUCGUGUCCUUCCCCUUCAUCUUCAACCCCUGCCUGCCGUGCAGCGGCGCCUCCCCCCCGUGGGCUCAGCUCGCAUACUUCUCCCCGUUCGUCGUCGUCUUCCAGUGCGGCUGGGCGGCCACGCAGAUCUCCCACCUGUCGCUCAUCCCGGAGCUGGUGUCGAGCGAGAGCGCCAAGGUGGAGCUCACUGCGUACAGGUACGCGUUCACUGUGGUGGCCAACAUCACCGUGUACACCUUGGCCUGGCUGCUCUUCCACUUCCAGGCCCAGCACAGCGCCGAGCCCUCCCAAGCCGCCGGCCUGGGUCCGGUGGACAUCCCUCUGUUCAGGACGCUGGCCCUGGUCGUGCUCGGCAUCGGCGCCUUGUUCUCGGUGAUUUUUCACGUUGGCACGAAAGAAGAGGCUUCGGCCUCGGAGCAUCGUCUCAUCGCUCCGUCUCGGUCCCGGGAGCAGCUGCAGCGUCCUGUGAUCUACUGGAAGCAGUGGCUGAGGGAGGCCUCCUUCUAUCAGGUGGCCUUUCUCUACAUGUGCACCAGGCUCAUAGUCAACUUGUCUCAGACCUACAUCUCCGUUUAUCUCACCGCCUCGCUGAUGCUGCCGAAGAACUUUAUUGCCAUCAUACCUGUGGUCAUGUAUGUCAGCAGCUUCGUGUGUUCUCUGGUCAUGCAGCCAGCCAGCAAACGCAUCGGGAUCAGUAUUACCUAUUUAUUCGGCCUGUUGCUGGUGCUCACGUUUGCCACUUGGGUGUUUCUGGAGGAAAACAUGGGAGCCAAGAGCAUCUACGGAGCUGCAGUGCUGCUCGGAGCCGGUUCAGCUACGAUCCUGGUCAUGUCUCUGUCCAUGACAGCCAAGCUCAUUGGGGAGCAGACGCAAAGUGGAGCCUUUGUUUACGGAUCAAUGAGCUUCACGGAUAAGGUGGCUAACGGUGUGGGGGUCAUUGUGAUCCAGAGCAUCCGGCCGUGCAGCUCACAGCUGUGCUGCCAGGAAUGUGUUUGGUUUUAUCGUGACGUCAUGGUGACGGUAACCGGGGGCGUUGCCGUGGCUGCAGCAUUUUGCCUCUUCACUAUUCUGAUAUGGCCAAUUAAGAUAAGGACAAAUUAGAGCUCAGCAUAAACAUUGCACUCAUAUAUCAUUAGUUACCUUCCACCCAUAACUGCAUAAAAACAUAGGAAUGUUUUAUUUCAACAUGUCUUAUUAAUAAAUCAAAAUGUUUCAACAACAUUUCUGAAAACCUUUUUUCUACAUUAGUUUAGGAAUCCCAAGGAUCUGGACCCUGUUGUAUCAGGAAAGUGCUGCCAUCUAGUUUGUGAAUGUGAAACUGCACUGCGUUACUGCAGGCGUUUUAACAGUACUACAUUGAGGAUACAAGCUUCACUGGAGACUUGACUAACAAUUGUACACAUAAAUUAAGUUCAUUUUAAAAAGAUAACUACACUGUACUGACUCAAGGGAAUUUGCACUGUAAGAAACCUGAAGUUUGUUUUGAUAAUUCAAUUAACAUCCUAAUGUUCUUAUAAAAACCAUAAUGUUGACACACUGAGCAUUUCCAUUGUGGUUCGUGUUUAUGUACUUUUCGUACAUUCCUCCUUCAGCCUGGGAGGAAAUCGGCCUGCAGCUGAGUUUGUUUGCUGCGUACUGUAAAGCCUGGUACCCGCCCUCAAGGAGGAAUGUGGAUGAAUAUGUCCAGAAAGACACUUUUGCAACUUGAUUGUGAAACAAUGCAAAAAAUGUAAUUUGUAACAUGUGAUUAGCUUCAUAGUCACACAGAGGUCAAAAAAGGGCAAGAGUUUAGUUCAGCUGUGAAAACCUCUGACUUUACACUGACCUCAAGUUUACUACAAUAAUAACAUUAACAGUGUUUUGAUGUUAUCCCAUUGCAUUUAAACUAAAAUGCUAAAAGUAUUCAUUAUUAUACUGCUUGCCGUACUGGGUUGAGUACAGUUCUGUAACAUUGAAGAUGUUGACAGCUGUUAACUACUUUUAAUAGCUCCAUGUCCUGCUACAGGUCAUAUAAUCAUAUAAAAUGAAAAACAUGAUAACAAGUCCUUCCAAGUACUUAAUUGCAGUUGCAUCCUUUUUUUCCUUCUUUUUGUGUUAUGACUGUGGUAUGACUGGGAUGUUAACCAGAACCUAAUGUUAAAUAAGGUUUUGUUUUUUCACAAAUAUAACAAUAGAUUCAUACACAUAUAAACAGGAAUUAUGAAAACCACUUAAAGGAAUUGGGGGUGUUUGGACGUCGUCAGCUGUGCCAGUCCUUUGUAUUUGUUUAGUGAGUAAAAGCAGACACGCUGUCAGAAGUAAGAGUUCUACAUUUACUGUUGCUUUAACGCACAGAAGUAAUAUCACGCUAGUAAAUGCGCAUAGUCAGAUCUUACAGAUUGGUGUAGCUGUGACGCGCGGAAAGCGCGCCCCCUGGCGGCGGACGCGGCCACGCGCAG